CAAAAUACAUGCAUAAUAUAAUGGAUGUUUCCUGGAGGCUCGCUCCAAGCUCCUUUGUCUUGAUAUUCUUCUUAUGUCUCCUUUCAGUCUGCAGUGUUUCUGUUUCUUCAUUAGAGGAACCAAAGGGCUUCAUCGUUUUCAUGUCGAAAUCCGAGAAGCCUCAGGUUUUCUCUACCCAUCAUGACUGGUAUUCAUCCAUCAUAUCUAAACACUCAUCAUCUGAGCUGUUGUACACCUAUGAACAUGUUGCCCAUGGGUUUUCUGCACGCCUCACUCCCUCCCAAGCCUCUGAACUAGCAAACGUUACGGGCGUCAUCUCUGUCCUUCCGGAUAACCUCCGCCAGCUCCAGACCACUAGGUCUCCCCAAUUCUUAGGCUUAACUACCCCCUCCUCUGUUCUGGGCCCUAGCUCUGAUUUCGGAGCUGAUAUUAUAAUCGGUGUUCUGGACAGUGGAAUCUGGCCGGAAAGGCGUAGCUUCUCCGACAAGGGUCUAUCCCCGAUUCCUGACAAGUGGAAGAACAAGUGCGAGGUUGGUCCAGAAUUUCCGGCGACUUCAUGUAAUGGGAAAAUCAUUGGUGCUCGUGCUUUUUACAAAGGCUUAGAAGCUGAUGAGGGAGAGCCAAUAGUUGAUGAACCGUUAUCGGCGAUAGAUAUUGAAGGGCAUGGCACACAUGUUGCGUCUAUUGCAGCUGGAUCUGUUGUUGGCGACGCUAGCUUUUUUGGACUCGCAGAGGGUGAAGCCAGAGGCAUAGCCACAAAUGCCAAAAUAGCAGUUUACAAAGUCUGCUGGCUAGGAGGUUGUUCCGAUUCCGAUAUUCUCGCUGCGAUGGAUCAGGCCGUUGCAGACGGUGUGCACGUGCUUUCGAUUUCCAUUGGGGACGAGCCUGCGCCGUACAGUGAGGAUCCCAUUGCAAUUGGGGCUUUUGGUGCGGUGCAGAAGGGAGUCCUCGUCUCCUGCUCUGCUGCAAAUAAUGGCCCCCGUCUAUCUACUUCCGACAACAAUGCGCCAUGGAUUUUGACGGUCGGUGCUUCCACUAUUGAUAGGGAAUUCCCGGCUGUGGUGACACUAGGGAAUGGCAGGAGCUUCACCGGCACCUCCUUGUACUCCGGGAGCUCAGCACCGACCACAAACCUAGUUUCACUGGUCCACGGUGAAGAAGCCAAAAGCUAUUUCUGUAUUUCCGGAGAACUCGACGCUUCAAAAGUCAAGGGGAAGAUCGUGUUUUGUGAGCAAGGAGACGGUACUUCCAUUGUUGAUAAAGGAGUUGCUGUAAACCAGGCUGGUGGAGUAGGAACGAUCAUUCCUAACCUGCCUGACCAAGGCUACGAGCCUAACGCCAACCCUGAUAUGAUUCCCGCGGCAGUCGUUACCGCAGCCGACGGAGACAUAAUCUUUGAUUAUAUAAACAAAAAUCAAUCGCCAACUGCCAAAAUUGUAUUUAAAGGAACAGUAAUCGGAAAUUCUCCGUCUGCACCGCGUGUGGCAGCUUUCUCAGGCCGGGGGCCCAAUAAAUUAACUCCUGAAAUUCUCAAACCAGAUGUGAUUGCACCGGGAGUUAACAUCCUAGCGGCCUACACUGGCGCAAAAGCACCCUCCGAUAACAUCAUGGAUGAUAGAAGAUCGGAGUUCAUGAUUAUGUCCGGCACCUCCAUGGCAUGUCCUCACGUCAGUGGAUUGGCCGCCAUGCUUAGAAAGCUCUAUCCAACUUGGAGCCCUGCUGCCAUCAAGUCUGCGCUCAUGACAACUGCUUACACUCUGGAUAAUUCCGGAAAGAGUCUCAUAGAUCUUCACACUGGAGAGCCAUCCGUGCCCUAUGCUCAUGGAUCUGGACACGUUGAUCCAUCCCACGCAGUAGAUCCAGGUCUAGUCUAUGAUGCCGGAGUUGAUGAUUAUGUGGAUUUUUUAUGUACCAUUGGGUAUGACAGCAAGGAAAUUGCGUUGUUCCUGCGGAAUUCUCCUCUGGUGGAUUGCAGCAGGCGGGAUUUGGAUAAUCCAGGCUCUCUAAAUUACCCUUCCUUUGCAGUUUUUUUCAAAAAGAAUCUCCAAACUGUGAAGUACAAGAGAAGUGUUAAAAAUGUGGGGAAGGUGAAGAAUGUUGCUUAUCAGGUAACACUGGUUACACCCCCAAAUGUUCGUGUGAAUGUGUCACCGAGUAGGCUGGUGUUUAGUGACAAAAUCGAUACACUAUCUUAUGAGGUAACUUUUGAAAGCAUUCAACAAUCUGAUACUUCAUUCGGGUCUUUAAAAUGGAGUGAUGGGACGCACCUUGUUACUAGCCCAAUAGCGGUGAUUUGGGAAACGCCUUCAGUCUCUCAACUCUAAAUGUGUGCACCCAUGAACCUAGUUUAUUCCUAUGUAGUCCAUGCAAUUAUGUGUGAUAUAUAUAUAUCCUAUCAAUAAAUAAAUGUAUGUGAAAAUGGGCAUAGUUCACUGUUAUGUAGCCCAUAUAAUGAAUUAAAUCCACGCAUAAUCUAUUAUGGUGGAGGACAAAUGUUUUUAUGAUAUUGUUAUUACUAUUGUAAUAUAUUGUCAUUAAUACUGUAUAUGUUAGCUUAAAUAAUCUGUACGAUCAAAUCGACAACUCUUAACUCAUAUUAUUUUUGUUUAUUUGCUAAA